AUGGAUCUCGAGAAGAAGUUUUACAAAGCAUUCAUAGCCCCACACCAAGCGCUUGUGCCCACCGCCAAAAAUCAAAUCCUAGAAUCCAUGUCCGGCCCCGCCAUUUUCCCCAAAUUUACCCCAGCUUUCCCGCACGGGGAAGCUCUUUUUUUGCGCCCACAAUAUCCGCUUAGCUUCCUUCCGCCCGCCCGCCCGCACGCUCGUGGAUUCAAGAAGCGUCAUCUCAGCUGAGCGCAGUGUCAUCUGUCACCUCGAACAUGGUUGACGUGCAGAGCUACCCAGCCACCAGGCGGGGGCCAUGUUUCUUUUUUUUUUUUCUCUUUCUUUUUUUGAGGUGUGAUUUCCCAAGACGAAGGAAAGAGCGCUGGUUCGUGGAAU